AUGCUGUGUCUGUUCAACGUCAAGAAGGCCAGGUCUUUUAUUAAGACAGAAGAAGGAGGAAAAGAUGUUGACAAUGCGGCCAAAGUCGACGGCCUUGGGUGCAACCGCACACCCAAGUCUGCAAAGCUCUGCGAUCAUGAGUUCACAGCGAAUGGCGCAUUUGCUUUGGGGGAAGAGAUCACACUGUUCAAGGGAAAGAUGGACAUGGCACAAACCAAGAAGACGACUGCGAGGGCCUGCGCUUAG